UUUUCCUCGCAACAUCGCUGGCGGAGCGAGGGAGCUCACACGACACAGAUUUUUGGGCAAAGCCUUUCCAUCUGGACAGCACCAUGUCCACCAAAGCGGAGCAGUUUGCUUCCAAGAUCCGGUACUUACAGGAAUAUCAUAACCGGGUUCUCCACAACAUUUACCCUGUACCUUCAGGAACAGAUAUUGCAAACACCCUGAAAUACUUUUCUCAGACCUUGUUAAGCAUUUUGUCCCGCACAGGGAAGAAGGAAAGCCAAGAUGCCUCCAAUUUGACAGUGCCCAUGACCAUGUGUCUUUUUCCUGUGCCAUUCCCACUCACCCCAUCUCUAAGACCGCAGGUCAGUUCCAUCAACCCUACUGUUACUCGCUCCCUCCUUUACAGCGUCCUGCGAGAUGCUCCCUCUGAACGCAGCCUGCAAAGUCGUGAUGCUCACUUGUCAGACUACCCUUCCUUGGACUAUCAAGGCCUCUACGCGACUUUGGUGACUCUCCUGGAUCUAGUUCCUUUACUACAGCAUGGCCAACACGAUCUUGGACAGUCGAUAUUUUAUACAACCACAUGUUUGCUGCCCUUUCUCAAUGAUGAUAUUCUGAGUACUUUGCCCUACACGAUGAUAUCAACGUUAGCUACCUUCCCUCCAUUUCUGCACAAGGAUAUUAUUGAAUAUCUUAGCACAUCUUUCCUACCAAUGGCUAUAUUGGGUUCCUCAAGGAGAGAAGGAGUUCCUGCCCAUGUUAAUCUCUCUGCAUCAUCCAUGCUAAUGAUUGCAAUGCAGUACACAUCCAACCCAGUGUAUCAUUGUCAAUUAUUGGAAUGCCUCAUGAAAUAUAAACAUGAAGUCUGGAAAGAUCUUUUGUACGUGAUCGCCUAUGGCCCUUCACAAGUGAAACCGCCAGCUGUGCAAAUGCUGUUCCAUUACUGGCCCAAUCUAAAACCUCCUGGGGCAAUAAGCGAAUACAGGGGCUUGCAGUACACAGCUUGGAAUCCCAUCCACUGUCAGCACAUUGAAUGCCACAACGCAAUUAAUAAACCAGCAGUGAAGAUGUGCAUAGACCCUUCCCUGUCAGUAGCUUUGGGUGACAAACCACCCCCGUUGUAUCUCUGUGAAGAAUGCAGCCAGAGGAUAGCGGGGGACCACAGUGAAUGGUUGAUUGAUGUUCUUCUGCCUCAAGCUGAAAUAUCUGCCAUAUGUCAGAAGAAGAACUGCAGUUCCCAUGUCAGAAGAGCCGUGGUCACCUGCUUUUCAGCAGGGUGCUGCGAUCGUCACGGAAACAGGCCCGUUCGCUAUUGCAAACGAUGCCACUCGAAUCACCACAGCAACGAAGUGGGGGCUGCCUCCGAAACGCACCUCUACCAGACCUCCCCUCCUCCCAUCAACACGCGGGAGUGCGGCGCCGAGGAGCUGGUCUGCGCUGUGGAGGCCGUGAUUAGCUUAUUAAAAGAAGCCGAGUUCCACGCUGAGCAGCGGGAACACGAGCUGAAUCGCAGGCGGCAGCUGGGACUUUCCUCUUCCCACCAUUCCCUGGAGAACACCGACUUUGACAACAAGGAUGACGAUAAGCACGACCAGCGGCUCCUCAGUCAAUUUGGAAUCUGGUUCUUGGUGAGCCUCUGCACGCCCAGUGAGAACACACCCACGGAAAGCUUGGCUAGGCUAGUGGCCAUGGUGUUCCAGUGGUUUCACUCCACAGCCUACAUGAUGGAUGAUGAAGUUGGAAGUUUGGUGGAGAAACUGAAGCCUCAGUUUGUCACCAAGUGGCUGAAAACAGUAUGUGAUGUUCGCUUUGAUGUCAUGGUCAUGUGCCUUCUUCCCAAACCCAUGGAAUUUGCCAGGGUUGGUGGAUACUGGGAUAAGUCUUGCAGCACAGUGACUCAGCUGAAGGAGGGUCUCAACCGAAUCCUCUGCCUGAUCCCCUACAAUGUGAUCAAUCAGUCUGUGUGGGAGUGUAUUAUGCCGGAAUGGCUGGAAGCCAUCAGAACAGAAGUCCCAGAUAACCAGUUAAAAGAAUUCAGGGAAGUAUUAAGCAAAAUGUUUGACAUUGAGCUCUGUCCUCUGCCUUUUUCAAUGGAAGAGAUGUUUGGCUUUAUUAGUUGUCGGUUCACAGGAUACCCUUCUUCUGUGCAGGAGCAAGCAUUACUGUGGCUGCAUGUAUUAUCGGAGUUAGACAUCACGGUCCCACUUCAACUAUUAAUAAGUAUGUUUUCUGAUGGAGUUAAUUCUGUCAAAGAACUGGCAAAUCAAAGAAAAUCAAGAGUCAAUGAAUUGGCAGGGAACAUGGCAGCUCGAAGGGUGAGUGUUGCCUCUGAUCCUGGUCGACGAGUUCAGCACAACAUGCUGAGCCCAUUUCAUAGUCCUUUUCAGAGUCCGUUUCGGAGUCCGAUGCGUAGUCCUUUUCGUAGCCCUUUCAAGAAUUUUGGACACCCAGGAGGAAGGACUAUUGACUUUGAUUGUGAAGAUGAUGAAAUGAACCUAAAUUGUUUCAUCCUCAUGUUUGAUCUUCUCCUGAAGCAGAUGGAGUUACAAGAUGAUGGGAUCACGAUGGGUUUGGAGCACAGCAUAUCGAAAGACAUAAUUUCCAUUAUAAACAACGUCUUCCAAGCCCCCUGGGGGGGCUCCCACACCUGCCAGAAGGACGAAAAAGCAACCGAGUGUAACUUGUGUCAGGCUAGCAUUCUCUGCUAUCAGCUCGCCUGUGAGCUCCUGGGGAGACUGGCUCCUAAAGAAGAAAGCCGACUGGUGGAGCCCACAGACAGCCUUGAGGAUAGUCUCCUUUCUUCCAGACCCGAGUUCACCAUAGGCCCUGGAGGUGAGGAGGAGGAGAAUCCAGCCAGCAAACGUGGGGAGAACCCAGGGAAUCACGCCGAGCCCGUGGAACAUGCUGCAGUAAAGAACGAUACUGAAAGGAAGUUUAGCUACCAACAGCUUCCAGUAACUUUGAGACUAAUAUACACCAUUUUCCAGGAAAUGGCUAAAUUUGAAGAGCCAGACAUUCUUUUUAAUAUGCUCAAUUGCCUGAAGAUUCUCUGUCUACACGGAGAGUGUUUAUACAUUGCUAGAAAAGAUCAUCCUCAAUUUUUAGCCUACAUUCAGGAUCAUAUGUUGAUUGCAAGCCUGUGGAGAGUCAUCAAAUCCGACUUCUCCCAGUUGUCGUCACUGGCGGUUCCUCUCCUGCUCCAUGCGCUAUCCCUUCCUCAUGGUGCUGACAUCUUCUGGACAAUCAUAAACGGCAACUUCAACAGCAAAGACUGGAAGAUGAGGUUUGAAGCAGUGGAAAAGGUGGCUGUCAUUUGUAGAUUUCUGGAUAUUCACUCCGUGACCAAAAACCACCUGCUGAAGUACUCGCUGGCACAUGCUUUCUGCUGCUUCCUGGCGGCCGUGGAGGACGUCAACCCAGCGGUGGCUACCAGGGCCGGGCUCCUGCUGGACACCAUAAAGAGGCCGGCGCUGCAGGGCCUGUGUCUUUGUCUUGACUUCCAGUUUGACACUGUGGUUAAAGAUCGACCCACAAUAUUGAGCAAGCUUUUGCUCUUGCAUUUUCUCAAGCAAGAUAUUCCUGCUCUGAGCUGGGAGUUCUUUGUCAACAGAUUUGAGACACUUUCUUUGGAGGCCCAGCUGCAUUUGGAUUGUAACAAAGAAUUUCCUUUUCCUACAACUAUCACUGCUGUAAGGACCAACGUCACCAACCUCAGCGACACAGCACUGUGGAAGAUCAAGAGGGCUCGCUUUGCGAGGAACCGCCAGAAGAGUGUGCGUUCCCUGAGGGACAGCGUGAAAGGGCCCGCAGAGUCCAAGAGGGCGCUCUCCCUCCCUGAGACCCUGACCUCCAAAAUCCCUGUGAGGUUGACCAGGCAAGAGCAGUCUGCUCCAGCUCUCGGUGGGACACCCGAACAGAUGCCAGGACAACAGUCCCCUGAGAAUGACAACACCAUCAAGGACCUGCUCCCAGAAGAUGCUGGGAUCGACCACCAGACAGUCCACCAGCUGAUUACCGUGCUCAUGAAGUUCAUGGCCAAGGACGAGAGCAGCGCAGAGUCAGACAUCAGCAGCGCAAAGGCCUUCAACACCGUCAAGCGGCACCUGUACGUCUUGCUCGGCUAUGACCAGCAGGAAGGCUGCUUUAUGAUUGCACCUCAAAAAAUGCGCCUGUCGACAUGCUUUAAUGCGUUUAUUGCAGGAAUUGCCCAAGUUAUGGACUAUAACAUUAAUUUGGGAAAACACCUUCUCCCCUUGGUGGUUCAGGUGCUCAAAUACUGCUCUUGUCCUCAACUCCGGCAUUAUUUCCAACAGCCACCACGUUGUUCCCUCUGGUCCCUAAAACCUCACAUCCGGCAGAUGUGGUUGAAGGCCUUGCUUGUCAUCCUGUACAAGUAUCCAUACCGGGAAUGUGACAUCAGCAAGGUCCUGCUGCACCUGAUUCACAUAACAGUCAAUACGCUCAAUGCGCAGUAUCAUAGCUGCAAGCCCCAUGCCACGGCAGGACCGCUGUACAGUGACAACAGCACCAUCAGCAGAUACAGCGAGAAAGAAAAAGAAGAAGAUAGUGUUUUUGAUGAAUCUGAUAUUCAUGAUACACCUACUGGACCCUGCAAUAAAGAGUCUCAAACUUUUUUUGCAAGAUUGAAAAGGAUAGGCGGCAGCAAAAUGGUGAAAUAUCAGCCGGUUGAGAUGAAUGUACAGAGAAGUGAAAUAGAGCUGGCUGACUAUAGAGAAACGGGUGCGUUGCAAGACAGCAUUCUCCACUGUGUGAGAGAAGAAAGCAUUCAGAAAAAAAAGCUGCGCUCUUUAAAACAAAAAUCUCUUGAUAUAGGGAACGCAGACUCCCUGUUGUUUACAUUAGAUGAGCACCGUAGGAAGUCCUGCAUAGACCGCUGUGACGUAGAUAAGCCCCCCGCCCAGGCUGCCUACGUCACGCAGAGACAGCAUGACCACGGACGGCCUAGACAGAACUCUGCGGCCAGACCGAGCAACGCCGCGGUCCCCGAGCUCCCGGCCGCGGAAGGCCUGCAGGAGCGGCGGAGGCCCGUGAUCCCGGAGGUCAGGUUGAACUGCAUGGAGACCUUUGAGGUCAAAGUCGACUCUCCAAUAAAGCCCGCUCCCAAAGAGGACCUCGAUCUCAUCGAUCUGUCCUCAGACUCAGCCUCGGGGCCCGAGAAGCAGUCCAUGCUCUCCACGUCCGACAGCGACUCCCUCGUGUUUGAGCCUCUCCCCCCUCUGCGGAUAGUGGAGAGCGACGAAGAGGAGACCACGGGCCAGGGAAACGACCGUGGCGCUGGCAAAAAGGCUGCCUCCCCGCCUUCCAUCCCCAGCCGCCCCUCCGGCCUCAGCCCGAGCACAGCUCCUCUUGUGCAAGUGAGCGUGGAGGACUGUUCCAAAGACUUCUCCUCGAAGGACUCGGGGUCCCAUCAGCCGGCAGGGGACAAGGACUUCCGAUUUGUAGCUCUGGAAGACCCCGCGGACUCUGAGGCCUUAGCCAAGCUGGGGGAGCUGCAGGAGCUCCCCGGGGGCAGCCCGCUCACGCUGAAACAGAAGCGAGACCUCCUUCAGAAGUCGUCUGCUCUCCCCGAGAUGUCCCUGGACGACACCCUGGACCCUGGCAUCGGAGAAGAGACGCUGGGAGGGCUGAUGCCAAGUUCAGGGGCAAAAACUGUCCUCCUCAAAGUCCCCGAAGAUGCCGAGAGCCCAAUGGAAAGCGAGAAGCCCGACACCAGUGCUGAAUCCGACACGGAACAGAAUCCUGAGAGGAAGGCUGAAGAGGAGGGGGCUGAGGAAUCCGAAUUUAAGAUCCAGAUCGUUCCCAGGCAGAGGAAACAGAGGAAGAUCGCGGUCAGUGCCAUCCAGAGAGAGUACCUGGACAUCUCCUUCAACAUUCUGGACAAACUGGGAGAACAGAAGGAUCCAGAUCCCUCCACUAAAGGACUUUCUACUUUGGAAAUGCCACGCGAAUCCUCGUCCGCCCCUACCUUAGAGGCAGGUGUGCCGGAAACAAGCAGCCAUUCCUCGAUAUCAAAACAGAUACAGCCGGGGAAGCGCCAGUGCAACGUGCCAGUGUGCCUAAACCCUGACCUGGAGGGACAGGCUCUGAGGAUGAGAGGGGCCACGAAGUCCAGCCUGCUGUCCGCGCCCAGUAUCGUCAGCAUGUUCGUGCCAGCGCCCGAGGAGUUCACCGAUGAGCAGCCGACGGUGAUGACUGACAAAUGCCACGACUGCGGGGCCAUCCUGGAGGAGUACGACGAGGAGACGCUCGGGCUGGCCAUCGUGGUCCUCUCCACGUUCAUCCACCUAAGCCCGGACCUGGCGGCCCCGCUGCUGCUGGACAUCAUGCAGUCCGUGGGCAGAUUGGCAUCCAGCACUACUUUUUCUAAUCAAGCAGAAAGCAUGAUGGUUCCGGGCAAUGCAGCGGGCGUGGCCAAGCAGUUCCUGCGCUGCAUCUUCCACCAGCUGGCCCCCAACGGCAUCUUCCCGCAGCUGUUCCAGAGCACCAUCAAAGAUGGCACUUUUUUACGGACCUUGGCCACGUCUCUGAUGGACUUCAAUGAGCUGAGCUCUAUUGCUGCUCUCAGUCAGCUCCUGGAGGGUCUAAAUAACAAAAAGAAUUUACCAGCAGGGGGUGCUAUGAUACACUGUUUGGAAAACAUUGCUACCUUCAUGGAAGCUUUGCCCAUGGAUUCUCCUAGUAGCCUCUGGACCACAAUCAGCAACCAGUUUCAGACAUUUUUUGUCAAGCUGCCUGGUGUUUUGCCUCUGAAGUGUUCUUUAGAUUCCAGUUUGAGAAUUAUGAUUUGCCUUUUGAAGAUCCCCUCUACCAAUGCCACAAGGAGUUUGCUGGAACCGUUUUCAAAACUGCUCAGCUUUGUAAUUCAGAAUGCUGUCUUCACGCUGGCCUACCUGGUGGAGGUGUGUGGCUUAUGUUACCGAGCUUUCACUAAGGAGCGGGAUAAACUAUACUUGUCUCGUAGCGUUGUUCUGGAACUCCUGCAGGCCCUGAAGCUGAAAUCUCCUCUACCAGAUACAAACCUCCUUCUGCUUGUGCAGUUUAUUUGUGCAGAUGCUGGAACCAAACUAGCUGAGUCGACGAUCCUGAGCAAGCAGAUGAUCGCCUCUGUACCUGGAUGUGGCACGGCGGCCAUGGAGUGCGUGCGGCAGUCCAUCAGCGAGGUGCUGGACUUCAUGGCAGACAUGCACACGCUCACCAAGCUGAAGAACCACAUGAAGGCAUGUUCCCAGCCUCUGCAUGAAGAUACCUUCGGCGGACAUCUCAAAGUGGGGCUGGCUCAGAUCGCGGCCAUGGAAAUCUCCCGGGGCAACCACAGAGAUAACAAAGCUGUGAUUCGCUAUCUGCCAUGGCUCUAUCAUCCCCCUUCUGCAAUGCAACAAGGUCCGAAAGAGUUCAUCGAGUGCGUCUCCCACAUCCGGCUGCUGUCCUGGCUGCUGUUGGGGUCCCUCACGCACAACGCCGUGUGUCCGAACGCCUCCUCCCCCUGCCUGCCCAUUCCUCUGGAUGCAGGUUCCCACAUCGCGGACCACCUCAUCGUCAUCCUGAUUGGAUUUCCGGAGCAAUCAAAGACCUCCGUGCUGCACAUGUGUUCCCUCUUCCACGCGUUUAUCUUUGCUCAGCUCUGGACCGUGUACUGCGAACAAAGUGCUGUGGCUACAAAUGUCCAAAAUCAGAAUGAGUUCAGCUUCACGGCGAUCCUGACAGCGCUGGAGUUCUGGAGCAGGGUGACGCCCAGCAUCCUCCAGCUGAUGGCCCACAACAAAGUGAUGGUAGAAAUGGUGUGUCUCCACGUGAUCAGUUUAAUGGAGGCAUUGCAAGAAUGCAAUUCAACCAUUUUUGUCAAGCUGAUUCCUAUGUGGCUGCCAAUGAUCCAGUCAAACAUCAAGCACCUCUCCGGGGGCCUCCAGCUGCGCCUGCAGGCCAUCCAGAACAACGUCAACCACCACAGCCUGAGGACGCUGCCUGGCGGCGCGGCCCCGAGCGGCACCGGCCUGGCCGCCCUCCGCAAGUGGCUGCAGUGCACCCGCUUCAAAAUGGCCCAGGUGGAGAUCCAGUCCUCCGAGGCGGCCUCCCAGUUCUACCCGCUCUGAGCGGCGCCCCGGCUGCUCCGCGACAACAUUCUGGUUUAGCAAUAACGGGUUUCGACAGGACACGCCCGGAUCGGGCAGGCGGGGGCCCCGGCUGGCACUGUACACCCUCUCUCUAGCUUAGUCCCAGACCUGCAGAGGCCGGCGGGGGGCCGCCCACGAAGCUUUCUUGCUAACACAUAUUUCCGACGACUCCUUGGGCUAUCUGAUUAAGUGUUUCCUUACAUUAUUUUUUAAGAAACCAAAUCAUUUUUCUUUAUCUAACUUCUAUUUUUUUUAAGAAAACAAAACAAAAACAAAAUAGACUGGUGGGUACUCACAGAAAAGUUGUAUAAGUCCCCCCUGUUGCUAUUUUUGAUGAUAGAGAAUAAAUAGGGUUUUUGAAACCUU